AUGCCGGCCCUCCGAGAUGUGGUCUUAAGGUACAUGUGCCACGCAUGGACCUCCCGCUAUCGCGUCUUAAAGAGCCUCUUGGCCGUUUCAUGGUCCUCCUUGGCCACCUCGCUCCAGCGCAUCCUGCUCUCUGAAGCCGCGCUCAUCCUCCAGGUCUGCGCUUGGGAGAUGCGUCUGGUGUGGCCUUCUGGCCGUCCACCUAUGGAACAUCUCGAUACCACGGCAGAUAUCUUGGGACAACAGCGUUUGGACAUGAAGAUGAAUGUAUCGGAGCACUUGCAGGAGGUGGUCUGCGAUCUCAUCUCCCACAGCGACAGUGGACUUUCAGGGCACACGAGCAUGCCAUACCUGGUAAACGCAGCUUUGCGCCUCGCCGACGCCUGCGACGUCGUCGACGCGGUUGUUGGCUCCGCGGCCUUGCAGGGGUCGGACUCCGUGCUGUUCGGUCGAGAUGCCAUGCAGGAUCAGCUCCGCGCAUCGACCUGCCAGUGCAUGGCGCCCGUGAAAGCCGGGGGUGCUCUGAGCCGCAAGCUGGAGCUGCAGGACCCGCAUCUGCUGUUGCACCUGUCCGGACUGAGCUACCUGCUCAGCGCAACGGAAGCCGAAGGUGACCGGUCCCGUUUCGCCGCAGACCUGCAGUUGCUCUGCUCUCGCAACGAAUAUGCCUGCAUUGCCUACUACACCGAGUGUGCAUGCAACGGGUUGACCACCUUCGUUUCAGCGGCUCUUUCCCACUUGGUUGGCAGACCUCGGGCGAUGAUCGGAAGUACCGAAUCUGAUUCAAGGGCUCAGGCUGCCAGAGCUCACUUGGAGGCACUGCUCCCCGCCAUGGCCGCCGAAGAAGCUGGGGCAGAAGCACCCCGAAGACUCGAGCUCCUCUCAGGACUGGCGACAGCCUUUCUGGCUGCAAUGAUCGAGCGAUCCAAGGCUCCGCCACUUGCCUUCGUCCGGCGAGUGUACGUGUUGCUGAGCGGAGCAUUGGUUCGACCUCUGGCUGUGUCUCGCGAGUCCCGCCGAAACUUGCAGGAGGCGUUGCUGGUCCUACUUCAACGGAUGCUGCCGGACCAGGCACUUGAUGUCGCCAUGGGGUUUCAGGUGCCGGACCUUGAAGCCGAGGAUGCGACGGAGCUUGCUCGACUGGUCUCCUCCCUAAUGGCUGCCGAGAUGGCCGAAGCAGAGCAUGUUGCCGAGUCAGACCCGAGCUCAAAUGGACCUGGAGUUUCGCUUCCCCUCCUAUGUGCCCUGAUGACGCGGGUGCCUGCAAGGCAGCUCUCUACAGUUUUUUCUGGGCUUUGGCGGCAACUCACAGAGCUUAUUCAGGCAGGAUCACAAGCGUCCCUUCGAGAUGCCAACUGCCUUCGGCAUCUGCAUGGCAGCGCUCUGGCGGCGAUCCUUUGCCAGUCACCCGAAUCUGCCAGUGCAUUCUUCGAAGCGGGAGGGCUGUCUGCAGUGCUGCGGCCAGAGAUGCUGCAAGGCAGGUUGCGAUUGGCCCCAGCAGGGCUCCACGCCUUGGACACGGUUCAUCCUGCCGCCCUGGUGUCUGUCUUGCAGGUUUUGGUGGCCAUGCUGGGUGUUCUACCCACGCACAACCUGGUGCUACAGAGCGCCUUGCAGUGGCUUGAGAGGCAUCUGCAGCCACUUCUCGACGUCAUGCAAUGGGUGACCCGGCUGCCUUUCACCACGGCCUCAGAGCCGCGGGCACGCGCAGUUGGCGCAAGCCCCAGCAGUGUGGUGGCAGCCCUUGCCGCGAGAACCGGUCGGAGUGCGGGCAGGGAAGGCCCGGACGCCAUGCUGGUAGUCUGCAGGUCUCUGGAGACUCCACAGACCACUAGCACUACGCGAGACUUGUGUGUAGACGGGCUGGCCUUCUGGCUCAGCGGGCGCUGCUCCAUGAGCAGUGGCUCUUCCGUCGUUGGGGAUGACAAGUAUGCCGACGGCAUCGCACUCUGCCACCGCUGUUUGGCAUUGUUUGUGGAGCUGUGGUCACUUGUGCAUCUUUCGGUGGCGCGCAGAAGGAAGUAUGCUGCCGGAAAGGCAGAUGUUUACCAAGCCCAGCUACAGAAGUUGGAGCCGAUGAUCCAUGCAGCACUUCCAGGGCUGUUGAUGCAAGUUGCAAGCGCUUCAGCGCCAGACCCGGACAGCAUGUCGGACGCAGAUGGCAGUGCUGGCAACACAAUGCUGCUUGAAGCUCUGCGGCCCGCGGAAGUGACCCAGCACAGAAUCAUCUCCAACAUUUUGCAGAUCUGGAGAUAUGACAGCAUCACCCAACACAUAAAGAUGCUUGCCAGCAAAAACCCCCAAGCGCAGCCAAGCGCGCAGAGUGCAUGGUCGCUCUGGCAACAAGUGCAACAAACAGGGCCUUUUCAACAGGUCACGCAGGGAUCUGGGAUGUCCCAGUCCAUCCUCGGAGAGGUGAAGGUCCGCUCUGGCGUGUUGUGCGCCGUCUUCGUGCAUGCUUGCUGCAAGCUCUUGAGCCUCAGACUUUCGGAUCCGCUCCCCGUGCGCAGCGAGGGAGGGACCCUUGCUUCUCUCGAAGCGACGGUGGAUGGACAAGGCGGACAUGGCGAGCAGCUGCAUUUCGAGGGAGCUCCUGCCACAUUUACCCAAUUGCUUUACGUUGUAGAGAUGUCUCUGCAUCUCCUCUGCCUGCAUCUGAUGCUGCUGACCACGGUCGCAGACCUGGACGGGGCGCCAACGGUUUCUGCUCAGACGCCGCCGACGCCUGGGCCACGGCUGGCGAUCGUCGGCCAGUACCUUCGUUUGCUCAUCGAGUUUGCAACUGCCUCUGGAGGAUCCGUGGCGCUGCUGGCCAGGUGUCCGAAGGCCUGCGACCUUCCCAAGACGGUCUCCAACCUGGCCUUUGCGGCCAGCGCCGCAUCCGCGGCCCAGCCCAUGGAAGGCAUAACUGAACAAGGGCAGUUCCCUGCCCACAAAGUGGCCUUCUACGAGCUUCUGCUGCGCCAGCUCCAGGACGAUGGCUUCGAGUCUGAGGUGCAGGCCUUAACCUCACAGCUGCGCUUGCACCCAAACAGCCGAGUGGACAAGGAUGCCCUGCUGGAUGUCUAUGCCAAAAGCUUGAAGUGGGCCUUCGGCGACGAGCCUCGAGGGGAAUGGCAGCCUCUGCACUGUAUACCUGUGCCACCGGUAGGUCCGCAGGAGAAGGUGCUGGAUCUGGAGGGAAAGCCCAUACCAAGUAGUGGUCCCCCGCAGGCCCCAGAUCCCACGAAGAAGCCUCCAGAAGUCAGGCUGCUGUAUACCGCCUCACACAAAUCACACUGCCGAUCUGUGGCGUUCUCGACAGAUGGACGCUUCUGUGCCACCGGAUGUUCCGACGGCAGCAUCAAGAUUCUAGACACCGCCAAGAUGCGAGUCUGUGCUGCCAGCACGGAGGGACCUGUCGGCAGAAUGCGAGUGACCGAGGAGGAGCUGAUGAAGCCAAUCGUCCGCACCCUCCAGGAUCACAUCCAGGGCGUCACUUGCUUGGCAUUUCAUCCAACGAAUCCGACAUUGUUCUCUGGCUCGAUGGACAAGGCAGUGAAGAUCUUCGACUUGACCCGACCGCCGGGCCACAAGAAGGCGUUCUCCGUACUUCAGGAUGUUCAUGCUGUGAACAGCAUAUGCAUCCAUCCCUGUGGGGAUUUUCUCUUUGUGGGGACGACUCACCAGGCAGUUCGUCUCUACGACCUGCAGACGUUGAGCUGUUUCACGACAUCUCGUCAAGACCAGCACCACACAGCAGGAAUCAACGAUGUUCGCUGCACGAGCGAUGGUAAGAUUUUGGCAUCCGCGUCUGCCGACGGAGGCAUCAAGCUCUGGGACGCAGUCACCAACAGCGUCAUCAACACUCUGCCAAAGGCCCACAGUGGAUCUGCCGUGUGCUCCGUCCGAUGGAGCCGCAGUUUGCGCUACCUGCUGAGCUGUGGCCAGGACGGAAGGCAGCGACUUUGGGAUGUGCGGAUGGGUCGAGAGGUCUUCUGCAUGGGCUUUGGAGCACGUUCCGCUGACACUGGCACGGCAGUGUUCUUGAAUGGAGAGAAGUACAUCGCAGCUUGCAACAGCAAUGUGAGACUGAGCGAUGUCAGUCUCUUCGAUGCCACCACAGGUUCACCUGUCUUUAUGAAGCUGGGAAUGCACAACGUCCCAGUUCUCGGGAUCGAGGCUUCACCUGUGGACAGGACCAUCAUGACGGGGUGCGAUGAUGAGAAAGCGAGAUACUUCAGCAUUGAGGCGGCAAAGAUGUGA